AUGUCUGGCAGAGACGUGAAUACUGAUACGCCCUCUGGCCAGGGCCAAAAUAUUCAAGAGAACCUCUACGAUAGAAUUAGGGAGUUUGUCGCCUCUCUUGGACUCUCUGCAAGCGAUGGUCUUAUCCAACACGCCGGCGAUACAACACAUGAAGACUUGAAAGUUGUCAUCAACCCUCAAGAUCAAGAAUGCUCUGUCGCCUUCACAACAGCGUCCUAUGGUACGCUCACACCGGCAAGCUCCAUCCGCUCAGCACCAGACCGCCUACAAUCUUUGAUCCCUCCUUUCAACUACGGUGCUGUUAUUCCUGGCUGCGUCUACCGUAGCGGCUAUCCAAAGGAGGAGAACUUUGGUUUCCUGAAAGAGCUUGGGAUCAAGACAAUCCUGACGCUUGUCCCUGAGCCUAUUUCGCCCGCAUACCAGAACUUCAUGAAGGAGGCUGGGAUCCAGCACUUUCAUGCUCACAUCCGGGCCAACAAGGGCGAGGUCCGCGUCGAGUCGUGCGAGAUGUCACGAGCUCUGCGUCUUAUCAUGGAUCGCGCCAAUCACCCCAUUCUUGUCCACUGCAACAAGGGAAAGCACCGGACCGGUUGCACUAUCGCCUGCUUCCGCCGAGUCCUGGGAGUCGACCCCGAGACCGUGCGCGAAGAAUACCACACCUACGCUGGUCCGAAGGCCCGCUUCCUAGAUGAAGUUUUCUUCGAGAACUUCGAUCUCAACCUCGUCAUGUGGAUUGCGCGGCAAGAGGGAUGGGUGGCGCCCCAGAUCGACAUUGCACCGCCCACGCCACCUGCGUCGAUCACUUCGAGUGUUGGUGCUAAGACCGUGGCAUUGGCCUAGGCCUUCAUUCCAAGACAACAGGAAGGGAUCUAGGAAUAGAUCGGAAGUCCUGUCGACUAUCUUUGUUUUUUCUUCCUUCUUUCUUCACAGGCGCAACGGAUUCAAAAUGGAUACCAAGAACAGCAAGCAUUGGGCAGGGUUCAGGCGUUCAAGCGAAAUGCUUCUUCAGAGUUACCGUAGGUGCUCUACAGGCUACUGGCAUAUCCCACACGGGGAUUUCUUUUCUUAACUUUGUUGAUUCUAUUCUUGCAUCUUCACACGGGCCCACGUUACACCACACGGCGGAUGCCAUUUGGUAGAGGCUAAGAUCAGAUUCCCUUUGUAUCAUUAAAAGCAAAAUGCCAUGCUUGUAAAAUGGG